AAAGAAAGUCCUUCCAUGGACCCCACCCCUCCAAAGUCUUUGUUUUCAUUCCCACGCCACUGCCUUCUGCCUCUGCCAUUUGCCGGCCAUACUUCUCCUCUUCUCUCCUCCAUUUAUAAACCCAUCCCGUUCUAUCUCCGCUUCACUCUCUUAUUUUUCAUAUUAUGCCCGGUCCGCCUCACUCUACUACUACCUACCACCCACAGUAGCUCCCGCCGGGAAAAGCAAGAUAAGGGUAUUCAAAUCACUUCAAUAAUGAUUUUUUCCACUCAUAAACAUAGGAUAUUCUCCUUCUCUAUCUUCUUCCUUCUUUCAUCUCCGUUCUCCGUCGCUCAAUCGCCCAACGACCCGCGGGAACGUUACGGCGGGUAUGCUCGUGUUACUCCUCCUAUGGCUGUAAUCAUCGCCAUCUUAAUCACUGCCCUCUUCUUCAUGGGGUUUUUUUCUGUUUACCUGCGUCACUGCUCCGAAAGUAGAGGAGGAGGGAGUGUGCGGGCACUAACCACCGGGGGUCGCUCCAGACGAGCCGCUGCAUCGCGUGGGCUUGAUCCUGCCGUGAUCCAGACAUUUCCGACUUUGGUUUACUCUGAGGUGAAGGGUCUGAAGAUAGGGAAAGGAACGCUUGAAUGUGCCGUUUGCUUGUGUGAAUUUGAAGAUGAUGAAACGCUGCGUUUAAUACCUAAAUGCGAUCAUGUGUUUCACCCUGAUUGUAUCGAUGUUUGGCUGGCUUCUCACACCACGUGUCCUGUUUGUCGUGCUAAUUUGACACCGCAACCCGGUGACCCGGCCCCGCAAAUCGCUAAUUCACCGCCACAAUCCGACCUCGAAGCCCAAGACCACGCCUUUGUAGAAUUAGAACCAGAAGUCUGCGACCAUAACGACGGAAACGUUGGAACGGCGACGACGCCGGAGAUAGAGGUUAUGAGCUUGAACCAAACUCUGAAUAGGAACCGUACGCGUGGAUCGAGAUCCGGUAGGCCACGUAGGUUCCCGCGGUCACACUCCACUGGGCAUUCUCUGGUCCAACCGGGCGAGAAUACGGACCGGUUCACUCUGAGACUGCCCGUUGAGGUUAGACAGCAGAUAAUGAACCGGGAAUUGAACCGGACUAUGAGCAUGGUGGUGUUUUCAAGAGAACGAAGUUCAAGGAGAGGCUAUAAAGGCGGCGGUGAAGGAAGUAGUAGAGGGAGGUAUAAACGGCUUGAGCGGUUGGACCAGGGAGCUAAAUCCGACCGGUGGGUUUUUAGUGGUGCUCCGCCGUUUUUAGCAAGAGCCUCGUCAUUUUUGACGAGAGCAUCAUCCUCGAUAAGGUCGCCAAAAGUGGGAGCCAAUGGCGGAGAAGGGUCUUCGGGUCAACCGGUUGGAUCGGAUUCUGCUGCUGAACCCAAUCGACCUCCCGUUUAAUCGUCAAUUUUGAUUUUUUUUUUUUUGAAUUUGUGAAAAUGUUUAUAGUAUUUAUGCUCUCUUAUUAAAUUGAUUUAUUUAUUUAUAUUAUAUUUACUGUAUUAUAUGAAAAAGGAUAAUGUAAGGGAUGAAGGUAAAUUGAGAAAUUUCAGAGUAAAUUUUGCUCGUCUUUGCUCCAUUUUAA